AUGCCAUGCCGCGCCCGCAGCCCUUCGCUUCUGUUCCCACCGCUCUGGCACGAACUCGUCCGCGUCGUCGCCCCGGAGGUCCCUGCGCUGGUGGACGGUGUGCGUGCUGAAAUUGACCCGGUGCCCGCGGGCACGAAGACGGAAGCGUCGCCGAGUGGGCCACCGCCCGAGGGGAGGGUUCACGUCGCGGAGAGCGCGGCGGGAGUUGAAGGGUACUACGGAGUGGAGGCGGAGGGUUUCGGAGAAGACGUGUUGGAGCCCCCCGCUUCAUCAAUGGAGUCAGCGCGGGCAACAAAAGUCCAGUGGCUCGGGCAACGGCCGCCCUUGAACCCAGGGGUCACAUUUGGCGUGCCUUGGCGGCAAGGAGCCUGCCACCCUUCGAAUACCACGUUUACCUGCACUGCAGACAGCAAAGACGAGAUCCCACUGCAGUCAUGGCCAACAGCAUUCUGGCCUGAUGGGUCUGUGAAGUGGACAAGUCAUGCGAUUCCUGCGUCAGCGACGGCAGAAGAGAGCUACCGCAUUACUCCGAUUGACUCUUCAGACACCAAUAUCCAAAUUACAGAUGCCCUUAAGGUUGCGGAAGGUUCCAGUAUCAUCUCAGUCGAAACUGGUGAGAUAUCUAUCUCGUUUAGGAAAACAGGCAAUGAGAUCAUCAAGGAGAUUGUCAAUGCCAAGGGCAACUCGGUUGGUAUCGAAGGCCGGCUGGUUUUGCUUUCCCAAGAUCGCAUCUAUGACCCCGAUAAACCGGACUCACUCGUGCAGCAUCAUAACUUUUCUGGACAGAUCAGUUCGGUGGAAGUCGAGCAGAUUGGUCCCGUCCGCGCUGUCAUAGCCGUUCGCGGAGUCCAUGUCGAAGUACCCCGAGAAUCAGGGCCAGCUACCAAGACCCACCAACCAUGGAUUCCAUUCAUAGUCAGAUUCUACCUCUAUGCCGGGUCAAGCCACAUCCGAAUACUCCAUACCAUCACAUACGACGGCGGGGUUAGUGACUUUGUUCGAGGGAUCGGGAUUCGCUUCAAGAUGCCUCUCCAAGAAGAACAGGCUUAUGACCGCCACGUACGGUUUGCUGGAGCGUCAGGGGGAGUUCUUGCUGAGGCUUCUCAAGUGAUUACAGGACUUUGGAAAGACCCUGGAAUAGACGUCAGGUCAGCUCAAGUGCAGGGAAAGCCUCUGCCGUCAUCCGAAACUUGGAACCAAGAACUGCCCCGAGCCUCUCUGCGCUGGGUCCCCGCCUGGAGUGACUUUAGCUUGCAUCAACUCUCGCCAGAUGGGUUUACGCUCGAGAAACGACUGAGAGAGGACCACCCAUGGAUAAAGACCGCGAGCGGUACCAAAUCAGGGGGAGUUAUUUAUGUCGGUGGCGCGAACCGAGGAGGGCUGGUCAUCGGGUCGAGACACUUUUGGGAACGUUACCCGACCGGAAUCGACAUUCGAGGCCUUGGAGCCGCUCAAGACGACACAGAGGUGACACUUUGGCUCUACGACCCUAAAGCCGGGCCAAUGGACCUUCGCCCUUAUCAUGACGGCUUAGGUCAACAAGGUUUUGACGAUCAGCUGGACGCCCUGAAGAUCACGUAUGAGGAUUGGGAGCCAGGACUCGGGUCGGCUUAUGGGGUGGCGCGAACAAAUGAGAUCGUGGUUUCCGUGACGGACUCAACGCCAGCUGGCAAUGACUUCUCAUCAAUUUCGAGGUUGAUUCGAGACCCUCCAAAGCUGUUGCCUACUCAAGAAGCUAUCCACCUUAGUCAAGCUUUCGGCACAUACUGGUCUCCAAUGUCCAAAGUCUCCGCCAAGGGUCUUUCAACCGUAGACGAACGCCUCGAGUUCCUAUUCCAAUUUUACCAGAAGCAAGUGCAGCAAAGGCGUUGGUACGGCUUCUGGGACCACGGCGACAUCAUGCACUCAUAUGACGAGGACCGCCACACCUGGCGAUACGAUGUUGGCGGGUACGCCUGGGACAACUCAGAGCUAUCGCCGGAUUUAUGGCUUUGGCUGUACUUUCUGCGAACCGGUCGAGCUGAUGUAUUCAACAUGGCGGAAGCUUUGACUCGCCAUACCGGGGAGGUGGAUGUCUAUCACCUGGGGCGAUACAAGGGUCUCGGCACACGACACGGCGUGCAGCACUGGAGUGAUAGCUGCAAACAAGCCCGCAUAUCGAACGCUCUCUAUCGCCGCUUCUUCUUCUACCUGUCUGGCGGUGACGAACGUGUUGGAGAACUUCUCGAAGAGACCCUCGAUACCGAUCAAAAGUUCCUGGUCCUCGACCCCUACCGAAAAGUCCGCAAGGACAGAGAAACCUACGUACCAGAUUCACAUGCAGUUGAGAUCAGCCUAGGCACAGACUGGGCAGCGCUGGCAGCCUCAUGGCUUAUCGAAUACGAGCGUCGGGGAGCACAAUGGACUGAAGCCAAGACUAAGCUGUUCAGGUCGAUUGAAGGGAUUGGCGCUCUGGCAAACGGGUUCGUGACGGGGAAUGCGACUUACAAUCCGUCAACCGGGGCCAUCUCGCCACCCGCCUCAGACCCUGAGAAUAAUGGGAUCGUCAAAGUUUCUCACCUAUCAGCCAUGUUCGGGCUAUUUGAGGUGGCUGCCGACAUCCUGCAGCAGUUUCCCGAGAAAGCAAAUGCGACUGGAUUCAGGACAGCAUGGCUAGAUUAUUGCACAUUCUUCAACGCUACUUUGGAGGAACAGGAGACCCGGUAUGGGGCAACUGGCUGGGGAAGACUGCAACUUCGACAAGGGCACUCUCGCUUGACUGCCUAUGCAGCGAGAGAGCUCAACAGACCUGAUUUAGCUGAACGUGCGUUGGAGGAAUUCGGGAACGGGGAUGGAUUCCGGGAUUACGGUCCGAGCACAGUCUGGAAAAGCACACCGGUGAGCAAAACCCAUGCUCUCGAGCCCGUAGAUGAGGCUGUUUGGGUUUCUAGCAAUGUCACCGCAUUGUAUGGCCUGGCAGCUAUUCAGAACUUGGCACUGUUGGUUGAUAGAACGAGCCUAGAAACCUAG